AUGCAGGCGGCGGGCGUCCCUGCCAGAGACACGGCGGAUGCCCCCGCAUGCCGGGAGCACACCGCUAGACCACCAGGAUUUGCCACUGAGUACUAUGAGAGCAUGCAUGGUAUAAUAUUUGCUGUUGAUGAAAUUAACUCAAAUCAUGAGUUCCUUCCUAAUAUCACUUUGGGCUUUCAGGUUUUUGACACCUGCUUUACAUUGCGACGAGCAACACAAGGGACUCUUUCCAUGCUCUCGGGAGGAAUGGAAAUCACCCCAAAAUAUAACUGUCAUGAGGAAGGCACUCUUGCAGGUAUCAUUGGUGACUCAGGGUCUACAGCAUCAAUGUUAAUGGCCCAUAUUUUGGGACUGUACCGAUACCCACAGAUCAGUUAUUUUGCCACCAACCCAAUUCUCAGUGACCGGCACCUGUUCCCUUCUUUUUUUCGUACGAUACCUAGUGAUGAAUUUAAGAUGAAAGGUCUGGCCAAACUGGUCUCUCAUUUUGGUUGGUCUUGGGUUGGUCUUCUAGCCAAUGAUAAUGAUUAUGGCCAAUAUGGUCUUCAGAUGGUCAAACAGGAGAUAAUAAAAGCUGGAGCUUGUGUGGCCUUCUCUGAGAAUAUCUUAAUUAGUCAAGCUAAUAGAAAUGCUCCCCACAUUGUUCAGGUGAUAAAAGGGUCAACUGCAAAAGUUGUGGUCGUGAUAACCUCUGAUUCUGACUUCGUGAUUUUGGCAGAAGAGUUUUUGAGGGAGAACAUAUCUGGAAUUAUAUGGGUAGCCAGUGAAUCUUGGGCAACUUCGGUUUUACUUUCUGAAGAGCGAUUCCAAAAAAUCCUAAUAGGCGCCCUGGGUUUUGCAAUCCAUGGUGGGCAGAUGCCAGAGUUCACUAAAUACCUUGGUAAACUUCGCCCAUUUAACAAUGUUGACGAUUUUUUCAUAAGGGAAUAUUGGGAACAAGUUUUCUCUUGUAAGUGGCCAGAUAAAGGAAAUAUGUUUAUGGACAACACUACCGUGAAACCAUGUAGAGGAAAUGAAAAGCUGGAGAGCCUGCUAAAUGAAAACUAUCACAGAUUAUCGCUUAUUAUAUAUACUGCUGUUUAUGCCAUUGCUUGGGCACUGCAAAAUUUACUUGACUGCACACCUGGAACUGGACCAUUCCAAGAUGGGAACUGUGCUAACAUAUAUUCAUUUAAGCCUUGGCAACUCCUUCACUACAUUAAAAAUGUACAUUUCAAGACCAAAGAUGACAAUCAAGUUUUCUUUGAUGCAAAGGGAAACCCUCCACCCGUCUAUGAUAUUGUGAAUUGGCAUCCAACAGCCAAUGGAACACUAGAGCAGGUUACAGUAGGAAGAUAUGAUUUGAGUGCCCAAGAUGGGAACAUCUUCAAAGUAGACAGUUCUAUAAUUAAAUGGCCUGAUAAUUAUACUCAGGUUCCUCUUUCUAGGUGCAGUCCAAGAUGUCCUUCUGGAUUUAGGAAAGUGAUACUACCAGGAAAACCACUUUGCUGCUAUGUGUGUGUCCGGUGUCCUCAAGGACAUAUUUCAAACCAAACAGAUGCUGUGGAAUGUCAUUCAUGUUCCUGGGACACAUGGCCCAAUUUACAACAAGACAGAUGCUUACCAAGAACAACAGAAUUCCUUUCAUAUGAAGAAGCACUGGGUUGUAGUCUAAUUGUCAUUUCCAUUUUAUCUUCUAUAAUCCCUCUUUUUAUUCUGAUAGUGUUCAUUCUUUAUAAAGGGACGCCAAUUGUCCGAGCCAACAACUAUUCAGUUAGUUGCCUUCUCCUGUUCUCCCUGUUUCUCUGUUUCCUUUGCUCUUUAGGUUUCAUUGGUUACCCACAACCUGAAAAGUGUCUUCUACGCCAGGUGGCAUUUGGGAUGGUUUUUGCUCUCUGUAUCUCCUGUGUUCUGGCCAAAACCAUCACUGUUGUCAUUGCCUUUAACGCAACUAAACCAGGCAGUAGGUUAAGAAAGUGGACAGGAGUUAAGGUGUCCUACAGUCUCAUUGCAUUAUGUGCUUUCAUUCAAUUAUUUGUGUGUGUAAUAUGGCUGAUUUUGUCCCCUCCUUUCCCUGAAUCUGACAUUAGCACCAAACCUGGAAUAAUUAUAGUAAAUUGCAAUGAAGGGUCACCUGCUGCAUUUUGGUUCAUGCUAGGAUGUCUUGGUCUUCUGGCCACCAUCAGUUUUAUUGUUGCCUUUCUGGCCAGACGACUCCCUGACAGUUUUAAUGAAGCCAAAUUUAUCACAUUCAGUAUGUUGGCUUUCCUCAGUGUCUGGGUGUCUUUUAUCCCAGCCUAUCUCAGUGCACGGGGCAUGUAUACUGUGGCAAUGGAGGUCUUUGCCAUCCUGUCUUCCAGCUGGGCUUUGGUGAUCUGUAUCUUUGUGCCAAAAUGUUUUAUUAUAUUGUUUAAACCCGACAAGAACUCCAGAGAACAUCUUAGAGUUAAAGGUGGCCAAAAAUAG